CUCGCCGCCUGCGUUGCCCUUGCCCGUUCAACGACGCCACCGUCCGCCUCCAUUUCCUACUCCUAUUUAAGCCACCCCCAGCCCAGCCCCGCCGGAGCCGCCACCGGAGCUCCUUCCCGCUCGACGCCUCCCCCCUCGCCUCGCCCCGCCGGCCAUGGCUGAGACUGUUGUACUCAGGGUUGGCAUGUCCUGUGAAGGUUGUGUUGGAGCUGUUAAGCGGGUACUGGGAAAGAUGCAAGGAGUUGAGUCCUUCGACGUAGACAUCAAGGAGCAGAAGGUCACUGUUAAGGGGAAUGUUACACCAGAUGCUGUUCUUCAGACCGUUUCAAAGACAGGCAAAAAGACAGAGUUCUGGGACGCCAAGCCUGCAACCAAUGAAUCGGCUGCGCCUGCUGCUGCUUCAUCUUAAAAUGCCAUUUGUCUCAUCUGAUAUGUAAAGGUUGAUGUAACAAUUUCCCAGUGGAACCAUCACGUGUGAGAUCACAGAGAUUGUCUGUUCUUAUGAUUUGUCAACUUGAAGUUACAUGGAAAUAAUAUCAUACAGCUAGUUACUCCCA